AAACACUCAGAAACUGCAGAUAAACUCUUUGAAGAAUUUUUUAAAGUGUGAUAUCAAGAAAAUAAAGAGCCUCUUUCAGGGUUCAUCAGUUGUUUCCUGAUCGUGCAUUUAAAAUUUGAACACAAAAGUGUUCGACUGAACACACUGAAGGAAAAGCUCCAGGAGCAUUAAGUCAGACUGUGAAGCCACAGGAGCGUGGAACAGGUCCGCCCGGUCUGCUCCUCUGCUGCUUUUACUGACGACACACCUGCUGGCCUGGGAGGAGCUGAGACAGGUGAACGCUCCUUAACUGAGAGGGGACACGCCACAAGAGACAAGUCGGAGUGAGAGGAAAGAGGAGAGGAGAGGAGUGAGGAGUUGGAAGAAACACACUCGGACUCAAAUUACAAGAAACAGGCCCGGACAGUCUGCCAAGAUGUCGAACAAAAAGGAAUACAGUCCUGUUAAGAUCAGCAAGACUCAGGCCACCGAUCUGGCUGUGGUGAUUUCUCGCAUGCAGAAGAAUGCAGACCAAGUAGAGAAGAAUAUCCUGUCGUCAGAGCAGCUGCUGAGUGAGGACACAGAGCGUGAUAAGAAGAAGCUGCCCCUGAUCCACCAGAGGGAGAAUGCAGACAACCUGGCGGAGGCUGAGGGGCUGCUGAAGGAUCUCUUUAUGGACGUUGACAAAGCCAAGAGGCUGCAGCACCCGCAGGCCACCGAGAUAGAGCGAGAUGUGAAAAACCUCCAUGAUCGCUGGGUGAAGGACUGUGCCAUCUACAGGGAACUAUAUGCCCAGCCACUAGUUUUGGACCCGAAACAAAAGAUCGGCUGGGGUCCUCUGCUGGAUGAAAAACUGAAACAGCUGAAGGCAGACGCCUACGGCCCCAAUCUGAUCGAUGUAGAGAAGCAGAUAGCAGCACACAACAUCCUGCACCAGGAGAUCGAGGCCUACAGCGACCAGCUGCAGCCCAGCACCACCACUUCACAGGAGCAGUACGACGCCCUCAAAGAGAAAUAUGCCAACCUUUACGAGAGCUCCCAGCAGAGACGCAACCACCUGGCCUCUCUGUACGAGUACGUGCAGAGCUGCAGUAAGGAGCUGGUCUACCUGUCGGGCCAGCAGGAGAGGAUCCUCAAGAGAGACUGGAGUGAUCGCAUGACCGACCCCCCAGGCGUCCGCAUGGAGUAUGAGAAAUUCAAAAACAAUGGACUUCUGGCACAUGAGAGUGAGAUCAACAAGCUGCAGGAGGAAGGAGAGCGUCUCAUUGAAUCCAAACAUCCUGGCAGCUCAACAGUAAAGGCACACAGAGACACUGUGCAGGCCGAGUGGCAAGCCUUCCUCAACCUGUGUCUAGCACAGGAGACACACCUGGACAACAUUGAAGACUACAAGAAGUUCCAGCUGGAUGCAGAGACGUUGUCCGAGUCCCUGGACAGGCUCAGUUCCACCAUGGACCCAAAGUCUCUGGCUGAAAAGAGCAACCCUGAAGUCCUGUUGGCGCUGGAGGGAGAUGAACCAGCAGUGAAGAGGAACGAGCAGCGCCUGGCUGCCCUCAAGGAGCUCAGCAGCAGCGUCGUGCCUCUGAAGCUACGCCGAAUGCGGCCCAGCAAACCCACCACUGUAGUGUCCCUGUGUGACUGGGCCGAUGAAGAUGACACAGUGAGGCGUGGUGAGGUGCUAAACCUCAAGUCCAACGCCGACAAUAAGAACUGGGAGCUUCAGACCAACAGUGGGAGGAUCAGGACUCUCCCUGGUGCAUGUUUCAUGGUCCCACCGCCCGAUGCUGAGGCCCUGGACAAAGUUAACAGUCUCGAGAGAGCGCUGAACGACCUGAAGAGCAAUAGAUCCACACUCAUGGCCUCCUUGAAGAACCCCACUGUGGAGGUGGUCCGGCCUCAGAAGGCAGUUGCUGUUCAAAGUGCUCCAGAGGAUCCCAGAGCUGCAGAGCUUGCCAAGGAACUAGACAGGAUCAACCAAGCCCUGGAUCGGAGCGAAAAAGAAAUCCUGAGUCGACUCAGAACUCCGCUGGACAACCGCAACCCCACACAAGACCUGACAAACAGGCUGCAAGACCACGAGAAAUCUGCUCAGACUGUGAGAAAGCUGGAGUCUGAGAAGUCUGCGGUUCAGAGAGAGAUGGAGCCUAUUUUGGCCAAUAAGCCCCUGGGACCCACUGCCUCCGUCCUGCCCCUUAAACUCAGCACAGCCAACAACAAGCUCGAUGACCUCAACACCCUCAUUGAUCUUUAUAAUAAAAAAGCUACAGCCUCCAUGUAUUUGGAGAAGCAGAAGCAGAAUGUGGAAGGCAUCGUCUCUGGGUUUGAGGAGCAGCUAGCCAAAGAUGGCACCAUUCUUGAUCAACCCAAUGCCCUCCCGAGUCGCAACCAGCAGUUGCAGGCUAUGCGUAAAGAUGUGGCCUCAAAGAAGGAUGAGCUGAAUAAACUAGGCAGAGACCUGGACCUGACAGUGCAAGCAUGCAGCUCCCUGCAGCAAAGUUUCAAUGAAUACUGUCCUGACAUUGGCCGUCAGGAGAAAGAGGUGAAACAGCUGAAGAAUCGUUACACAAAUGUCAAUAAUCAGCUCCAGGAAAGGUCUGGUCUCGUAAAGGAAGCAGCCAAUAAAAACCAAGAUUUCCAGAACGCUGUUCAGUCACUGGAUUUCUUCUUGGUCAAUUUGCCUGAUAAUAAGAUCAAACCCACUGAUGAUGUGGCGGAAAUAACAGCCAAGCAGAAGUCUCAGAAGAGAGUGAUGGAGGACAUCAACAAGAAACUAGGUGAUUUAGAUCGAGUCAAGAAUCUUUCCCGUGAUCUGCAGAGUGUCUUGAAUGAGUAUGAUCUCCGGUCAAACUCCUACCGUGGCACUGUGAUUGAUAGCGAUGAAGAUGACGAUGAUGACGACGAUGAUGAUGAUGAUGAGCCAGUCCCAAAGAAACGUCAAACUUACACUAUGGCUCAGGCUGUACAGAGAAAGGAGAAAGAUCUACUGAACCUUUUCUCUGAGGUGUCUGCAGAAAACGACCAGCUACUCAACCAGUUGGAGACGACAAAGAACAUUAAAGCCAGGAAUGAAGAGAAAGUUAGUCAGGUGGUGGUCACUCAACAGCUGCAGUUACAGAGCCAGAAGAAGGACCUGGAGGAGAGUGACAGUCUGAAAAGAGAUUUAAAUGAGGAGAUUGAAAGGCGCUUACAUGCUGAAAGAGACCUGGAAACAUACCGUAACAGGUUUGUGUCUCUGAGGAGUAGGAGAGGAGUGGAGAGGUUGGAGGAGAAGGAGGUGGUGCAGUACUAUCGUGACCCCAAACUGGAGGUGGAACUACAGUCCCUGCGAAAAAAGAUCCAGGAUGAGGCAGUGAAGAGGUCAAGAACCAAUGCAGAGAUAGAAGUCAUCAAUCAAAGGAUUAUCAAAUUGGAAACACAGCUGAUGCAAAUCGAACCCAGACUGGUGACCAAGGUUCUGACUGAAUAUGAGAAAGACCCGCAGCUUGACAGAGAAGCUGUCAGGAUCAGAGAAGAGAUGCAAAGGAUACGACUGGACUUAGACACAAGAGAUACUGAAAAAAUUCAUGUGAAAACUGAGCUUACGGUUCUGUCUCAGCAGAAACCAAAAAUCAGGGAGAAGGUUGUUAAGAAAGAAGUGGUGAGGCUCGAAAAGGAUCCAGAGAUGCUGAAAGCUGUUCUCACAUUCCAGAGUAACAUUGCAGAGGAAGAGCUCCAGUGCAAGACGCUCAAUGAUAGAAUUUUUAGUGUAAGGAGCGAGAUAAACACACUAGAGAUGGUCAUUCCCACCAUCCAACCCAAGGUAGUCAGCAAGGUGGUGAAGCAAGUACAGCAAGAUCCAGAAACUGUGGAAGAGGCGAAGAAACUUCGAAUUGCCUUGGAGGAGGAGAAAGAUGAGAAUGCUAUCUUGAUGAAGGACCUGACCACCCUUCAGCUGCGUUAUGGUGAGGUGGAGAAGAUCAGGCCUAAAGUCGAGGUCAAGGAGAUCAUCAAUGAGAUCUACAGAGUUGAUCCUGAGACAGAAGUCGAGUUGGUACGUCUGAGGAAAGAGCUGCAAGAUUGCGGCGUUAACCGUACAGAACUGGAGAAAGAAGUCAAGUUGCUGAUGACAACUCUGACCACCCUGCGUGCUCAGAAACCCAAAGUGGAGUACAAGGAGGUGACCCAAGAGGUGAUCAAAGAGGAGAAAAGCCCAGAGGUCACCAGGGAAUUGCAAAGGCUAUCCAACCAAGUUUCCCGGCUGCAAGUCAACUAUGAAAGCAUCCUGGAGCUGCUGACGCGCCUACGUAAAGAAAGAGAUGAGCUGAAAGCUGAAAAAUCCAAGGUGGAGACCAAGCUGGUUAAUAAAGAGCUCAUCAAAUAUGAGAAUGAUCCUCUUCUUGAGAAAGAGGCUGACAGCCUUCGGAGGAGUGUAAGAGAAGAGAUUCACCAACGCCGCAGUGUGGAGGAGUUGCUCUUUGACCUCCAGAACCAAUACAUUGUCCUUGAAAGGCAGAAGCCAGAGGAGAAGAUUGUUAUGCAGGAGGUGGUGCGUCUUCAGAAAGACCCCAAGCAGAUCGUGGAGCAUGACAAGUUGAACAAGAAUCUGGACGAUGAAAUGAAAACCCGUAGGAAGCUUGAAUUAGAGGUCAGACAGCUCAGAGGCCUGAUUCAAGAAAAAGAGAGUACCAUAGCUCAGAUGGACGAUCGUCAGAAGAAGAUUCAAGUAGAGUCCGAGCUCAGGCAGAUCAAAAUGCGCAUUCUGGAACUGGAAAAUGCUCCGCCACCCGUUGAGGAAAAGAUUGUCAUUGAGGAGGUCCUGAAAGUAGAGAGGGACGCUAAGCUGGAAAAACUAACCGAUGGCUUACGCACAGACAUGGAGACUGAGAGCACAAAUAUCAGUCGUCUAGAGAGAGAAAUCCGCAACCUAAGGCUCAAGUUGGAAAUUCUGCAAAAGGAGAAGUCACUUGAGAAGGUGGUUUACAGAGAAGUGGUGCGUGUAGAGAAAGACCCUGCAAUGGAGGCUGAAAGAGAACAUCUAAGAGAGCUUGUAGCGCACGAGAGGAACCUCAGGCGUGAACAAGAGGCCAACACUCAGAACAUCCAAAUCAAAAUUACUCACGUACAGACAUCAAAGUCUGUGACUACUAAGGAGGAGACCACUCUCAAUGCCAACAGAGAUGCUCUGCAGAGAGAGAAGGAGGAUCUCCUCAGACAGCUCAAAUUGUUAGAGUCUCAGAGACAGAACAUCAGCAUAACCUUCCAGCAACAGUCCAAGCUGAUGAGUGAGAGAAACCAGUUUCUACGGCAGAGAAGUCUUAAGACAUCCUCUGAAAUACAACGGCUGGAGAAAGAAAUCCUCAAUGAAAAAGACAAAAUACACCAGAGAGAUGUACUCAUCCUCGAGCUGCUGAACAGCGUCAAGAAAGAGGACCAAACUGAAACUCACACCAGGGAGACAAACCUUUCCACGAGGAUCACCAUCCUGGAUCCAGAAACCGGUAAAGACAUGUCUCCCUAUGAUGCCUACUUGCAGGGGCUAAUUGAUCGCAACCACUACAUUCGCCUGUCAGAGCUGGAGUGCGACUGGGAGGAAAUAACUUCAACUGGUCCAGAUGGGGAUACUACAAUUCUGCAAGAUCGCAAAAGUGGGAAGCAGUACUCUAUCAAGGAUGCCCUGAGGGCUGGUCGUAUGACCCAGUAUGACCUGCAGCGCUACAAGGAUGGGAAACUAUCCAUCGCUGAGUUUGCGCUCCUUGUUGCAGGGGAAACCAGAACACCUGUCAUUCCUCCAAUACCAAUACCAGUUCCAAAGUCACCCACCAGACCUCCCCCAGCCUCUCCCUUGAACUCCAUGCCACCCUCCCUGAGGACCUCCUACCCCAGCCUCAACAGUCAGCACAGUGGCAGUACGAGCAACCUCAAUACUUCAGGAGGUGAAGAGCAUUUCCCCAUCUCUGGUAUUUUGGACACCACCACUGACAGCCGCAUGUCUGUUAGAAGUGCCAUGACCCGCAAACUCAUUGACCCCGACACUGCUUUGAAGCUGCUGGAGGCACAAGCAGCCUGCGGGGGAAUCGUCGAUCUCACCAAAAAGGACAAACUGUCCGUCCACAAGGCAGCUGAACGCGGUCUCAUCGACACAGGUGACAUGUACAAGCUUCUGAACGCCCAGAAGGCCUUCACUGGAGUCGAGGACCCCGUGACCAAGGAGCGUCUGGCAGUGGGACAGGCUGCACAGAAAGGGUUUAUUCCCAAAGAAAAUGCCAAGAGGUACAUGGAGGCACAAUAUCUGACCGGUGGGUUUGUGAAUCCUUCUAAAGCCGGCCGCCUCAGUGUCAAAGAUGCUCUUGCCAGUGAUAUUAUUGACAGCACAACAGCUGAUGAGCUACAAAACGAGGCUUCCUACACGAAAGAGCUGGUAGACCCCAUCACCAAAGAGAAGAUAUCAUACAAGCAGGCGAUGGAUCGGUGUAAGAGAGACGUCAGCACAGGGCUCCUGCUGCUUCCUGCAGCCUCUACUGAUGCUGCAAGUGCCCCGUCAUACUCAAACUAUCGUUUCAGCUCUUCCUACAAAUAAUCUAGAUGUGAAGUUUAGGAUGUUUUACUUGCUGCAGCAACUGGUGCUGGAGGGUGUGUGAUAACGCUAAGUGAUCCAUAGGGCUGACCCGAAUCCUUUAAAGCCUUGAAGCUGCAAUCGUCGCCAUGGUAACUGACGUCCAAAUCCUUAUUUUAAUGCUUAGUUUUUUGUUUUGUUUUUUUCAUCUGUAAACUGGUGGAAGAAGUCGAAAUGAGCAGUCAUUGACCCCCAUUUCAACCAAUUAAAUUGUGACGCGGAAAAGGAUCAGGUGAGACGAACUGCGGACAGGUAUGUGCGGCUGGCAAUUGUAGUGAAUUGCUUGCGUUGCGUCUUGUGAUGCUGUGUGACCCGCGGAGUUUCAAGUUAUUAAUAACUUUCAGAAACAUUGUGUGCAAUAGUCCACCUUCUCUUUCCUCUCUGUAUCAUUCUUCCUCACACACACAGCAGCACCAAGUCCUGCUAAAGUCGCGUUAGGUUCGGGUGGUUGAUUAAUGUAUAUGAGUAUGAUUGAUUACUAUUACCCCUCCCCCUUGCCCAAGUUCCCAUCAAGUCAAUUCAAAGCUUUGAAUAUUUGCGAAUAAUCAGUGCAGCUUCAAAGCCCCAAAAAUGAUAUUCGGGACAACCCUACUGAUUCAUGUAAAGAUAAAAAUGAAAUGUUCGUACACUUUUUGAAAACACUGUGGGGGAAAAAAACAUUCUUGGUGAAACUGUACAUGUGGAUCUGCUUUUUUUCAGUGCUAUAUUUGGGUCUGCUGUAAAAAUGAGGAACAUGUUUGUUUUAUAUGCUAAAUUGUUUUUCAGUGCUCUCAAGCAAAAUCCUCAUUAAACUCUACAAGCCUCA